AUCACAUAUCGAAACUCAUAUCGAUCAUUGUUCGUUUAUACGUAUGUAUGUACAUAACGGCACGUUGCUUUUAACGAGUGGAGUUUUGUGCACUGAUUUUCGCAAAGUGUAGUGAUCGAGCCGACUUGAACAGGUCACAACAACGUCCUAUCGCUGCGUACCAGAAUAGUUUCGAACUGUACUUGUAUUCUUUACUGUGGUGCCUAAAUAACUUAAGUAAAGAAAAAUUAGUGCCUAUAUAACGAACGCGCAAUAAAUAUAUCAAACUGUUUUAUGACUUUACGAGGUACCGGAUUGUCGGAUCGAAUUGCUUCGUGUACACGUUUAACGAUCGGAUGGCGUCCGAAUGAUUUGAUGCUUCUUUGUUACUUCACAAUCCGAUUGUCCAAGUCAUAGUAGGUUCAUCGUUGGUCUCUACUUCGAUCUUGGAAAAAUUAUCACUUGUUCGGAAACGGUUAAAGCCUUGCGGAAUACUAUUUCAAAAUACUAAAUACACAAUGUCCCGUUUAAUGUUGUGUAAUCUCGGUAAUACGUCCACGGCUGGAAAUGAUACGAACAACAACGCGAAUACAAACAGUAGUAUGGAAGAUGACGACUAUUAUCCACUGCCUACAAUUUAUCGCUGCCGUGCACCUAUAGCGAGUCUGGAUUGUAUGGAAGAAUUCAACGGUGGUAGCGGCGGUGGCGGUGGCGGUGGUGUUGGCGGUGGCGGUGUGGAUACUGGUGUGCACUGCAGCAAUACCGCUGGAACGAAGGAACAGCUACUGACUAACUGCAUUGCCGCACAAGCGCAACGCUUACAGCAUCCUUCGCCAGGUAUUCGCUACCGCAACUUGGGCAAAAGCGGUCUACGUGUUUCCAAUGUUGGAUUAGGUACAUGGACCACUUUUGGUAUUGGAGGUUGCAGUAGCGAAGAGGCUGCUGAAGCAGUAGUCGCGCUCGCCUAUGACAGCGGCAUAAAUGUGUUCGACUUGAGCGAAGCGCACAGCGGGCACAGAGCAGAAAUUCAGUUUGGUCGAAUUUUAUUGAGACGUGCUUGGAAUCGAUCCAGUUACGUUGUUACUACUAAAAUAUAUUGGAAUACCAAGGCAGAGGGCCGUGGAUUAUCGCGCAAACACAUCAUUGAAUCGGUGCAGGCAUCGUUGGUCAGAUUGCAGCUUUCCUACAUCGAUAUAGUAAUGAUCCACAAAGUUGAUCCAAUGUGCCCAAUGGAAGAGAUAGUGCGCGCAAUGAAUUACGUGAUAAGUAAAGGAUGGGUAAUGUAUUGGGGAACGUCUCGUUGGACUCCGGUCGAAAUUAUGGAAGCUUAUACGAAUUGUCGUCAAUUCAAUUGUGUCACACCGAUUGUGGAACAAGCCGAAUAUCAUUUAUUCUAUAGGGAAAAACCAGAACUUUAUAUGCCAGAGUUGUAUAACAAAAUAGGUGUCGGUCUGAUGGCAUGGUCCACGGUCACGAUUGGUAUGGUUUCCGCGAAACCAGAAGAUUACGGAGUGUCGUUUUUAUCGCGGUCUUCUUACAAGAAUAAGUAUUCCUCGUUCAGCUGGACAGAGGACGAAACGCAGUCCUUGUACAAAGAACAGGAAUACGGUUGGAAAGAAAAGUCCGGCGAGGAUGAAACACGAAAGUAUUCGGACAAAUUACGAGACGUGUGCGCUCUCGCAGAACGUCUGGGCUGCUCGUUCGGACAGUUGGCCAUCGCGUGGUCCUUAAAGAAUGAAAGUGUUCAGUGCCUUCUACUCGGUGCAUCAAACAUAGAUCAAUUGUACGAGAGUCUUCAAAGUUUACAGCUAAUUCCCAAACUGAAUGCAAAUAUCAUGAACGAAAUUGAGAGAAUACUCGACAACAAACCGUCCCGGCCACCGAUGAUUUCGACUCUGGCGCUUAGAUGACAAUCAAUUUGCCCUCACGGAAGUGGUGGGGGCUCUCUAGAGGAUGGAGGUAGUCCCAAAAGCGAGGGGGCAAACAGUCAAGAUCAGGAACAGACCAAGGAAUUAACCGGCAAACUACCCUUCUGCGAAAUACAAUGAACGGCCGUAGAAACGGGCGUUUGCGUAUUAACUCGCGCAUAUUUUGGAGCUGGACGUCACACACACACACACACACACACACACACACACACACAGUUGGACUCGAACCUGGCCGAGUCUAAAGGAAAGGCGUAACGAGGCUAAGCUGAAACUGAAAAUUUUCGACUACUCUGCUGUGUAUUGUUCAGCGUUUAAUGCGUACAGCACGAGUAUCCUCGCGUACAUGAAUUGACGACAAUACUUAUGGUUACAGUUAUGGUUACGAUUGCAAUCGCAAGCACUUAAUCGGUAAUUAAUGUGAGACCUUGACGGGUAAAUUUCAGAUCCAAUUGCUACGUUACAUCGCAGUUAUGUUUUUGCGACUCUCGUGAUAUACCGACAAAAUGAUUCGACGAUCGCGUCACGUGAAUUCUGCGCUUCAAGACUAGACGAGGAACCAAGAUUUUUUACAAGGCUGCGAGUUGAAUCUUUAUUCGUAAUUCGAUACGCAAAGUGUUCAUUAAAGCUAAUUACAUAAAUAGUACGAUGUAGAGUAGAGAACGGUACGAUUGUAAGUACUGUUUUCCGCUCAAACAAGUUCGUUUUGCCGUUCCGCAUAUUUACAAUUCUUCCGCUCAAGAAAGACGAAUUUAUUCUGUGCAUGCAGUUCAUAAGCCAGCAAUAAUACGGUACAGAGCGGACGGUAACUUUUAUAACCUUGCGCGCCUGCCGCGUGUCAGGAAUAUCUUGAAAUAUGAUAAUAUCCGUCGAAACAUAAAUAUUGCUUCAAUGACGUGUGAUUGCAAAACACUUCACCUAGAUUUUAUCGUACUAAUUCGAACGUUUAUCGCCGCUCUGCCAUUUCGAAUUGAAAAUAUUCUAUCAGUCCUUUCCUGUGUACAUAAGUAUAUUUAGCUCUUGCCAUGCCGAACGUUAUCGGAACAGGACAGUUGAGGGCUGGUCAACUAGUUGGCUACCUAGCUAGCUAAAUUGCUCGCUAGGCAGCUACGUAGCUAGGUAAACUAUUUUAGAGGAAUAACUAUGUAAGUACGUAGGUGUACGUAGUUCAAAUAUCAAGUAACUAUGUACAUAAAUAGAUAGGGAGCGAGAGGGAGAGAAGGAACAAGGAGGAGGAAAAGUAGACGUAUGCGAAGGAUGUGUAUACACGUGUACCUUGAAUGAAUGAGAGAAACAAAGGGGAAGUAGAGAGAAGUAGAGAGAGGUAGAGAGAGGUAGAGAGAGGUAGAGAGAGGUAG